AUGUCUAACAGCGGCAACGACACCAGUGGUGGCGGCCUAGGCAAGAUGGCCAAUGCGCGGGAUAGACGGUACACUAUGAAUUUUACAUUCCGAAGCCCUGCACUCCAAAAAUGGUUGAACACCGCCAUGGACUACCACAGUCCUCUGGGCAACAAGAUCGAUAAGUGGUCGGACCCGUCACAUCUCAAGCAGUUAUGGAUGGAGGUUUUGAAGGAGCCUCUGGAGAAAAAUCACAGGGUGGACCGGCGGGUGGACGGAAAUGUCAGCCAGGAUCUACAGUCUCCCAUGGUUUCUGAGCCUUUGCAAGCCCUGAGCUCCAGACCAGAACGGGUGGCGAGCCCGAUACACAGGGCUGGCUCAGCACGUAAGCGUACUCGCACCGAACUCCACUUCCAACAAGGUAUUUCAGACAGUGCCAAAAGAUCCAAAUAA